CGAAAAAGUUUUAAAUUUGUAACAAAGUCUAUUCACCCCCCCCCCCUUCUAGACUUUGUAUCUCACCACUUUGGGACCACCAAUUGGUAUCGGAGCAAGGUUCUCACUAUCUACGUUUAGAUUAACGAGAAGCGAUCAUAAUGGUGAACAAUAUGGAUCACGGUUUGCCCAAGUUUUCUCUUCUAGGUUAUGAUGAUUGGAAGAUCAUGAUUGAAGCACAUCUCUACGCUCUACAUGACUGCAUGUGGAUGGUGCUUGAGGAUGGACCCUUGAAAAUCCAAAUGGAGAACCCUGAGAGGAAUCCAGCUGCUCCAGAUGUAGUCCAGUACAUUCCAAAGCCCAAGGAAAAAUGGGAUGAUAGAGAUUGCAAAAAGCACAAUCUGGACAACGUCGCCAAAGCAGCCAUCUUCAAGACACUUGAUCCCAUCACCUUCUCCAAGAUUAAGCAUCUGAAGACUGCCAUGGAGAUUUGGCAAGGUCUUGGGAAGCUAUGUGAGGGAUCAGAGGACUUGAGAAAGCAGAAGAUAGAAGUCCUGCUUGAGAAGUUCAAAAGCUUCAAAAUGCUUCCCGGAGAAUCAUUUGAUAUGUUGGAUGAAAGAUUUCACAAGAUAUUGAAUGAUCUUGUUUCACUUAACCACAUUCUUUCUCCCAAAGAAAAGAAUGUGAGGUUGCUGAGAUCACUCCCAACUGAGUGGUACACCAAAGCCACAGCCAUGGAAGAAGGAAUAAACCUGGAGAACUACACUGUUCAAGGUCUCCUUGAUGAACUCAGAACCUAUGAGCACGAGCUGAAGAAGAAGAAGGAAGAACAAGUCACUCCCUUCCCCACGGCAUUGAUGACAACUCCAAGAAUCCCAUCAAGUGAAGGGACAUGCACAAGAAACUGUGACACACCUUCCUCUAGCCAGCCGUCAAGCUCAAAAAUAGAGAACUACGAUGAGGAAUUUGCCAUGAUGGUCAAGCAAUUCCAGAAGUUCAAGAAGUUCUUCAAGAAGGCUGAUUCAGUCAUAAGGCCAUCCAAGGGAAAACCACAAGUAAGUGACUCCCCUCCUGAUUUACAUUAGUUUAUAACUGAUUUACAGUUUUACUUUCAGAGCCUCACAGAGAAUAACUAUCUAUUUUAUCUAUUUCACAGAAAUGUAAUGUAUGUGACGACAGAGUUACAUAACUUUAUGUACAUACACCAUCUUCAGAAUCUUAUCACAUAUGUGGGGGUCUUGUAAAGGUAAAAAGAAAGUUAAAAUGCAUAC